CUGGCUCUUCCGGAAGGAAUCGUGGCGCGGGUGCCGCCGCCGCCGCCCCUCCUCCUCCUCCUGCUGCUGCUGCUGCUGGUGUUGGCCUUCUUCGCUGGAUGGCCUGAAGGAGGGAGACCCCAGGCCCCUCUCCGGCGCCAUGAACCUGCUGCCGGCCAACCCCCACGGGAACGGGCUGCUCUUCGCCGGCUUCAACCAGGACCACGGGUGCUUUGCAUGUGGGAUGGAAAAUGGAUUUAGAGUGUUUAAUGCAGAUCCACUCAAAGAGAAGGAGAAACAAGAAUUCCUUGAAGGAGGUGUUGGCCAUGUUGAAAUGUUAUUUCGCUGCAAUUAUUUAGCUUUGGUUGGUGGAGGAAAGAAGCCCAAAUAUCCACCUAAUAAAGUCAUGAUCUGGGACGAUCUGAAAAAGAAGACUGUUAUUGAGAUAGAAUUUUCUACAGAGGUCAAAGCAGUAAAGCUGCGAAGGGACAGAAUUGUGGUAGUUUUGGAUUCGAUGAUUAAAGUUUUCACAUUCACGCAUAAUCCUCACCAGUUGCAUGUCUUCGAAACCUGCUACAAUCCUAAAGGUCUCUGUGUCCUGUGCCCAAACAGUAAUAAUUCCCUGCUUGCAUUCCCUGGUACACAUACUGGACAUGUGCAGAUUGUGGACCUGGCAAACACAGAAAAACCUCCAGUAGAUAUACCUGCUCAUGAAGGAGUCUUGAGUUGCAUAGCACUAAAUUUGCAGGGAACAAGGAUUGCCACAGCUUCAGAAAAAGGGACCCUUAUAAGAAUAUUUGAUACAUCAUCUGGGCAUUUAAUCCAGGAGCUGCGUAGAGGAUCUCAGGCUGCUAAUAUCUACUGCAUUAACUUCAAUCAGGAUGCUUCUCUCAUCUGUGUAUCCAGUGACCAUGCCACAGUGCACAUAUUUGCUGCGGAGGAUCCUAAAAGGAACAAACAGUCAAGCUUAGCAUCAGCCAGCUUCCUGCCCAAGUACUUCAGUUCCAAAUGGAGUUUUUCCAAAUUUCAAGUUCCCUCUGGCUCUCCCUGCAUCUGUGCCUUUGGAACAGAGCCAAAUUCUGUCCUAGCAAUUUGUGCAGAUGGCAGCUACUACAAAUUUUUAUUCAAUCAAAAAGGGGAAUGCUCCAGAGAUGUCUAUGCUCAGUUCCUAGAAAUGACUGAUGACAAACUUUGACUGAACUAAUAGAAGUCUGUAGCAGGGGAAGGGUAGCUGGAUUCUCCUCCCAAUUGUUCUCCUGAAGAGACAGCCUCCGACUACCCAGCAUGUGAGAGUGCUGCUUAAGAUGGGACCGAUAUUCUCAAGAAGCCGAAGCCAGCAUGAAAUGGAGUAAGCCACAAGGCAGAGGACUAAUACGUUAACUGUCAACAGCUGGUUUUAUAUAUUUGUUUUGGCUGCUGCUGUUACUUGUUUUCCUAAAGUUUCUGUAGCCUACACCUACUGAGUUUUUCUCUGUAGUUAACGUACGAAGCUUAGUACCUGCCACACCAUGAAGACUGACUUCUCAAAAACUGGUGAUAAUUAAAGUUCUAGUACCAUGAUUUGAAAUGGUGAGAGUGACACAUCAGACACAUUGGAACAUAUACCAGCAGCUUCUGCCUCUAUAUAUGUUGUUUCCUCCUAAAUAUACAGCAAGGAAUCCACAAGUUAGUUUUUUGAGUUAUACUUGCUCAGAAUAGAUAGAAUGCUCAAGUCCUUGUUUCCAUACUAUUAUGAAUAAGUAUUAACUCGUUAAUGUCAUUUGUUAGAAGUGCCAAAAUAUUAUUUAAGUAUUGUUGACCCCAACAACUGUUCGGCAGAGCAGGAAGUGGCAUCAAACAAUGCUGAAGGGUUGUGAAGUUGACAGUGUUGUUGGAAGCAACCCUCCAUCCAGCUGAAAUCUUACUCCAUUAAUGUUGGCAAAGGAGAGGCUGAUGACAGCAAUCUGAGGGGCAGCAAGUGGCAUACUGUAUUGUAUUUCUGUAACUCAUGUUGUCCAUCACAAUCUCCCAACAACCUUACCAUCUGGUUCAGAAUAAACUAAGCUGGUGCCUAUUAGAGUGGAAGUGAUAAAGCCAGGACACAGCGAUAUUUCAUAUGUUUUGGUAAGGGAUGGAUGUAAACACUAAAUUUAAAAUUACCACCAUCUCCCCUUAAAGCACAACAUCAGUUACGUUUCCUUGGUUUUUACAUACACUUCAAAAUUAACUGAAGUCCUAGUUCAUCAAGUUGUAAGGUAUUGGAAUUUGUCAUUUAACUGAAACAUAUAUUCAAAUGUCAAUUUGCAUGUUGCUUUUCAGUGUAUAUUUAAUCAUGGAAAUUGUUUUGCACAUCUUUUGUAUUCUUUAAUUAAAAGUUACUAAUUUACUGUA